CAUGAAGAGACGGACGAGGAGCGCCGGCAGCGCCAUCGUGUUGAAGGCUGGCGUGAUGACCUCUUUCGCACCAGCCCCAUGCUACGCUUCAUGGCCCGCCAUCUUGCUCUCGUAUCCUGCGAUCCAUUCGACACCACCCCAAGCGACAACGCCACUUCCACACCUCGCCUCGAAAUCACCGCCUGCCCUCCAAACAUAGCAGGUGGCUUCUCCCCCUCUGAGCCCAAGUCCUCCUCAGGCAUCCUCAUCUGCUCGAACCGCAUAAUGGACAAGGGCCAUCUAGAGGACACACUAGCCCACGAAAUGGUCCAUUGGUGGGAUCACUGCCGUUUUCGCGUCGACUGGAACGAUCUGCGUCACCAUGCCUGUAGCGAGGUGAGGGCUGCAGCGUUGAGUGGGGACUGUAAGUUGGGGAGGGAGUGGACGAGGCGCAAUUACGGCGGAUUCACGAAACAGCAUCAGGUGUGUGCGAGGAGGAGGGCCGUACUUUCUGUUAUGGCUAAUCCGGCUUGCAAAGGCGGGAAGGAGGAGGCGGAGAAGGUCGUCGAUGAGGUGUUCCCGCAGUGCUUUGCGGAUACGAGACCUUUUGACGAGGUGAGC